AUGGCAGCUAUGUCUAGCAAGGAGACGACUUUCAUCAGACCAUUAAAAAUCAUUGCUUUGACUUUAGCAAUAAUUCUCAUAAUAAACCUUUCUUAUAAGUUAUUUCUAAAACGCUAUUUGAAGUCGACAAUCAUUUGGUGUUUAGGUGUUGCGAAUACAGAUCGCAACGAUAUUAUGUGGUGGCAAACCUCACCACUGUUAGAGCGUUGGAUAUGGCAAUUAGUUGACAAUUAUGAAACCAAGUACGAAUGA